AUGUCCCUCAGCCAAACAUCGGUGCUUAAAGUGUAUACAACGGUUAUAGACGAUGUGGUUGCCGGAGUGAGGGAUGCUUUUCUGGAUGAAGGUGUGGACGAACAGGUACUGCAAGAGAUGAAGCAAGUCUGGCAAGCAAAGUUGCUAGCUUGCAAAGCCAUCGAGUCCACAACUGAUUCACUAGAUCAGCAACAACCAGCUAUUCUUGCUAACAGUGCGAAGUCGUUGUCGCACUCAAAGACAAAUGGUACCAAGAAAUCUAAGACUGCAACGGCUUCAGCAUCCGCAACAGCAAAUAAUCAGCAAGAAAAUGGAAAAGCGGUUACUCCCAGUAACAUUACCACAAAAGCGAACGCGGAUCUUAAGAGUUCUAACGUACCGUCGUUGGUUCCGUCUGGCAAUGCUCAACAAACAGCAAUAACCCAGCAACAGAGCGUUGCUUCUACGGCGACGACGACAAACAGCAAUGCAAGUACCACUUCAUCUACAUCCCAGCAACAGCAGUCUUCUGCACCGGCGGCCGUUGUAGCCGCACUCGAUCCAAACAAGCUGGUAGCCAUCCAGAUCACGUUACCAGCACAACCGAACGUGGCCAACAGCCAGCCACGCGUGCUGACGAUCCAGGUGCCAGCAUCGGCCCUUCAGGAAAAUCAAUUGCAACAGGUGCUCACAAGCCCAAUAAUAUCCUCCAUCAUGCCCCUUCCGCCGCACAUUGCAUCAACCGUAUUGCAGCAGCAUGUCAACGCGUAUCUGCAGAAUCUAAACAUGAAUUCCAUACCAAUUCAGAAACAACUCGACGGUGCCUGCGACGAUGUUCCGAUGAUGCAAUAUUCGUCGGAAGAUGCAAGUGUUGUAGCAAUGGAUGGUGCGAAUGUAAAAUCAACUACGAUUGUGGACCGAUCUGCAUUGGAUCGGCAAUUAAUCACUGCACUUGUGGCUGGUCAGAUGUCGACUUUGUCUCCCGCGGAUGUUAUUGCUUCAUGCAGCUCAAAAGAAAGGGUUUCGGUAGUGGGACGGAAACCACGACGUCUCCCGUUGCGAGCAAUAAAACAGUUAUCGAAAUCAACUGAUCAAGAAAAAGCCUUAUCGAUCCAAAUCUGCAGCAGCCGUCAGCUGGAUGGUGCAGUCGAUACAUCGGAUGAAGAAGGAAGCGACAUUAGUGACGACAACAUUGUUGACGAUGAUGAUGAAGACUUGGAUAAAGAGGAAGAAGAUGACCUGGAAGCGGAAGGUGGUGCCGAGGAGGAACCACUAAACAGCGAAGACGACGUCACCGAUGAGGAUGCCUCUGAUCUGUUUGACACGGAUAAUGUCGUUGUGUGUCAAUAUGACAAGAUCACGCGAUCGCGCAACAAGUGGAAAUUCUAUCUGAAAGAUGGGAUCAUGCACAUAGGCGGCAAAGAUUACGUAUUUCAGAAAUCGAAUGGCGAUGCGGAAUGGUAAAGCACAUACUAGUAAAGCAAGUAAGAAAGGGCAACAAAUAGUGCCUAAUGGAUACUGGAUAAGGUCAUCCGUGACUGAUGGGGGGUUUCAACGAAAGGUACAUAGCGACAAAAAAAACAUUUUUCACCACCCGCAUGUAAGCGAUCUACACCGGAAUUGGUAAGAAUACGAAGAUACAAUACAACCGUAUUGAAAAAUCGAUACAUUAGGGUUUAUAGCAGUGAAUCGAAUGAAGGGAACAGAAGGAACAUAGAACAAACCAGUAAAUAAAAUGAAAUUUAUAGAAAUAGGGUUGAUGCACAUGCUUGGUAACCACCGAGCUGGAUUGAAACCAAGCGCUGGAGGAACGUUGGUAUUCAUGCUCUGCCUGUCUCUCACCUUCAUGCUAAUAAACCAAAUAGAAAAAUGUUGAUCCUUCUGCAAACGAUUUCAUUGCACUUUUCAUUUUUCACACCCUUCCUUACAAUAAAAGCUUAAAGGAAUGCCAUUUUUGUGCGAAAUGCGACGCGGAAAUACAAUGUUAAAAUCUGCGAACAGCCCAUCGGUCGAUUUGCAGAAAAUAAUCCAACCAUGCGCGGAUGUGUACGUAUUUGUGUAUGUGUGUAUGGGUGUCCUUUUAUCCAAGUGGACUUAGUCAAGCUCAAUAAACAAAAACAAAAAAAUGAAGAAAAUUCAAUACCCGGCAGCAAUUGAACGAUAUUGAUUAGAACUGUGUCGUAGAAUACUUCAGGUCACGACACGUAUUUAGAAAGCAUGGAACGGUAGGAAUAAAUCGUGCAAUCUAGGAGCCAGUAACACGGUUCAAAAACAAAAUGCAGGAUAAUUGUGUUUUCUCUUACUUGCUUAUGAAAAUGUGGGCGAACAUGUUUCUCAAGGAGACAUAAUCUUAUAUGAUGUACACAUAAGACGUUUUUUCUUUUAUUUUUUUUUUCAAGUUGCAUGUCUGCUGAGAUGAGAAUUUUUUGAUUAAUUUUAAAUUUUGUUCCCUCUGUGC